AUUAAUUUGUUUGUCUGAUAUUCGGAAGUUAUACAUUACUGAAAUGAUUAAAUCAAAAUACGUCUUCACAUUUUGCAGAAACAGCACAGAUCGAAAUCAAAACUACAUUACCGAGUGGGAAAAUUUACAACUAUGUAAUUUCAGGUUCGCAUUUAUAGGCAUAGUUGGCGUUUCAAGUCUAUUUCGUUUUUGUUUACUUUUUGUGUCUUAAUACGUAAUCCAUUUAUUAAAUGUUUGAAUGCGCUUUUGGUAUUAUAAAUAUAUAACAUGGAUGAUAAUUUGCAAAAUUGGAGCCCUUAUGCCAAAGAAUACGAUCCUCUAAAGGCGGGUAGUAUCGAUGGGACAGAUACGCAACCUCACGACAAGGCUAUCAGCAGGGCACUGCUGAUGCACUAUGAGCCACCGCACAAUCUAGAAUCUAAACCAGAAAGAACUCUAUUCGUAGCUAGACUUGGUCCCAAAGUCACUAAGUAUGAUCUGAAAGAGCUUUUUAGCAAAUAUGGAGAGGUCAUUUCGGCGAAGGUAAUAGUGGACGUGGUGACCGGGCUUUCUCAAGGGUACGGUUUUGUGGAAAUGAAAAGCGAAGAUGAAGCUAGAAGAGCGUUGAGACGAACUAUCGACGCCACAUUAAAGGGAUACAAAAUAUUUGUCGAUUAUGAAUGCGGUCGUACUUUGAAGGGAUGGAAGCCGAGGAGACUAGGAGGUGGUUUUGGCGGUAAAAAAGAAUCCGGGCAAUUGAGAUUCGGAGGAAAGGAUAGACCAUUUAAACGACCGAUUGUACCUAAGAUUUUGAAGCCGAAAAGAUAAAUAGCUUUUACUUUGACUGA